AUGCACACACACAUCCCAUCGCUGGUGUAUGUGGAUGACUGCACCGUGGGCGUCACAGUCUCCAUCAAGAAGCCGGACUAUUCGCCACUGCAAGUAAUUUUGGGAGCGACUGCAGACGUGGACGGAGGAGAGCAGGAUUACCAUCAACCACAGCAAAACUGUGCUACACCACGGCAUCCUUGGCGCCCUGACCUGCCCAGUGCCGACGAGCCCUGUCAAGCCGCUCCGACCCCCUCCUCGUCCUGCCACGGGACACCACCACAUCACACCACCACUAGAUACUACGACACACCACCACACCACAUUACUACCACAACCACCACCACCACCACAACCAUCACCACACAUCAUACCAUACCACAAAAACACCACACCACAACCACACCACACUACGGCAUCCUUGGCUCCCUGAUCUGCCUAGCGCCGACGAGCCCUGCCAAGGCCCUCUGUUCUCCUCCCCGUCCUGCCACAGCUAAGACACCACCACAUCACACCACCACUAGAUACUACGACACACCACCACACCACAUUACUACCACAACCACCACCACCACCACAACCAUCACCACACAUCAUACCAUACCACAAAACACCACACCACACCACACCACACUACGGACACCACCACAUCACACCACCACUAGAUACCACGACACACCACCACACAACACUAUUACCUCCACCACCACCACCACCACCACCAUCACUACACAUCAUACCAUACCACACAACACCACACUACACUACACCACACCACACUACACUACACCACACCACACUACACCACGGCAUCCUUGGCGCCCUGACCUGCCCAGUGCCGACGAGCCCUGUCAAGCCGCUCUGACCCCCUCCCCGUCCUGCCACGGGACACCACCACAUCACACCACCACUAGAUACUACGACACACCACCACACCACAUUACUACCACAACCACCACCACCACCACAACCAUCACCACACAUCAUACCAUACCACAAAACACCACACCACACCACACCACACUACGGCAUCCUUGGCUCCCUGAUCUGCCUAGCGCCGACGAGCCCUGCCAAGGCCCUCUGUUCUCCUCCCCGUCCUGCCACAGCUAA